GUUCAAAUAAACAAAGCAGUGAUAAAGUUAACUUCAGAGCAUUUCGCGAAUUCCAAGUCGUCUAUUCCUCAACGCUUGACGCUUUUAUAUUCUAAGUAAGAAUGAAGUUCCUGGCAGUCUUAUUUGUGAUUAACAUCCUGUCGAUUCAUCUGGGUGAGUAGUAACUAAAAAAGAUUAUCAGUAUUAAAUAUAAUUACUUUUGCAAGGAGGGUAUAAUUGCAAGAAUUUUGAAGGCCGAAGAAAAAUAGGAGCAAAAACUAGAAUAAUUGCUUUUAAUUCUUCCCCAAUAAUACCCGUCAAAUCAAAUCUAAAAGAGUUCUUUGUACUGCUAUAUCAAGCUAAUCGCGGAGUAAACAAGCAUAUUAACGCUUCAACUUGCCACGGAAUUCCAACGACUUUAUCACCCUCGUCAACUUACUUUGCAGGCCUUUGCUUAAAAUUUCAUGGCAAUCUGCAACAUUAAUUUGCAUGACGUCAGGGGCACCCAAUGGAUCUGUUCCUCAAAAUAUCUGUUCUUCAGGCACAUUUUUGCUGGCUGGGAGAUGUGAAAGAAAUAAUAGUCCUUGGAAGGAAAGUGUUGCUGGGAAAAAGAUAAUUCAGGGUGUCAGAGGGGAUUCGAAGUCUAGAAUAGCUGCUACGGGUUACUUGUAUGGGUUACUUACCACUCAAGAUCUGAAUUGUGCCCUAUGAAACUUCCCAGUAAGUCAAGUUGCAGGUUGGAAGGUUGCUGGCUGGGAACUCUUCCAUCAGUCUUGCUGGGAGUGAGGAACAGAUAUUUUUUUUCCAGCAAUCUCCCAAAAUGCUUAAAAUAGUCUCAGAAAACUUUAUUCACGCUUUGUUGUUGUUUUUAGGUCUUUUUCUCAAAAUUUCCCGUUGGGUGCCCCUGUGACGUUUGAAGAACGUAGAGGGUAAAACGUUCUGUUUUAGCAAGAAUGUUAAUGUUUUGGCAGCUUGAUUAUAUUUUAGAAACGACGUCUUUUUGGCAGGAAAGUGACGGCACUUAUGCAUGGAUAAAAUAUACUGACUGCAAGGCCACAAAACUCGAUUUAAGUCCUGCUGGUAUUCUUUGUUUUUGUGACGUCACAAAAAUCCAAACUCUAAAAUCGCAAGGACUUUUAAGGAUCCCUUAAAAAUAAACUUCUGUGCAAGUUUUCAACGUGAAAGUUUUUUCCGUUUUGAAAAUAUAGCUCUUUCUAAUUUCCCAAUUGGCGACCGAGAAGCCGUCGGAUAUGCUAAAAAAAUAAUUUUAUUACUUGAUAUUAUGCCCUUUGAAUGGUGAAAGUAUUAGAAGAUUUGUUUAGGGAAAUAAUUUCUCGUUCACAGUGAACAACUGAUCAAAUUUGUGGCGAUACUGAAACCAGAUGUUUGCAUUAUUUCCGGCAGCCAUAUUUGUGCCCUUCGGAUGAGCACAAAUGUGGCGUCCCCAUAGUGAGCCCUAUAAAUUUCUGUUGCACAUUUUGAAGAACAACUCAGCAGCGGAAAACUGCACAGACGUGAGUCGUGGCCAGGUUGUUAAUUUAUCGAUAUUCUAUAAUAUCUGAAAUAAUUGGCUUCAGACAUUCCACGGUUUUGAUUUUAGUUUUCGAUGGCGUGACAGUGAAAACCACCCAUAAGCACUGAAGUAGUGUAGUCGGGAUGUUCUAAACCGUUUUAUGCGGGGAAAAUCUCAUUAACUUACAGGGAAAUAAUUUAACCCCUAAGACGUCAUUUCUUCUCUUUACUGGAUCGGAGAGGGGCCCUUCUUGUGGGGGUACCUCAUGAAAGAAUGAUGACAUGGUCUAUUUUUGCGCAAUGCCUAUAGUGACAAAUGACUGAAUUCAUGAAGUAAAAGGCAUAGAUAUAAUCCCUCGCAAAAAGGUCUUAAAGCAAACCCUACUGUGCCACAGUGAGGCUCAUUCCAGAUAAACUCACUCUCAGUUUUUUAUUUACGUCUUUUUUCUGCCUAGUGAUUACUGACACCUUCUGCUUGUUUUUGUUGAAAAGGAGCAUCAGAUGAAUUGCUGUCUUGUUUCCAUUGCACCAGCUACAGUUCCAUGAGCGACUGCAUUGAGAAUCAACAGAAAGUGAAUUGUCCCAUAGACGCAAAUCGCUGCGGGGUACUGUUAAUGCAUUCCCAAGGGAUAAACCGAUUUGGGAAAGGAUGUGUAUCUGAAGAAAUUUGUCAAGAAUUCCAGGCACCAGGAUACUGUCAAGAUAACUAUGGCUCGGAGUGCGAAUUGAAAUGCUGCGGCCAUAGCUUGUGUAACCAAUAGUAAGAGUGUAUGUGUGUAAGAGAUAAAAUGUGUAAAGGCUGCAUGUUUAUCAAAUGUUUCGAUACCGAAAUACCAGAUUUUCUGGCAACUACUCAUGCUUUUAACUAAAACACGGAAGUUUAAGUAAAGUGAAAAUGAGCUUAAAAUGUGUGGUAAUCUUUUUUAUAACAAUAGCGUUGCAGCGUACCUUUUUAAUUUAGCCGCCUUCCUUAACUGAAGACUCGACAAAACGAUCUUCGCCUUCGUCUUCCAG